GCUUGUAACCGUAGACGAAACGGAAACCUACUUCGAAUUUUGGUCGUGGGACUUGCGGCUUGCGAGACUUCGGCAUGAACCAGCCAGAGCUGACACAUUUGGUCUCCAGGCUCAGGAUUCGCUAUAAUGCGAGGCACAGGAACCUAAAAAACCCCGAAGGCCCGAAAGGGCGGCUCGACAUUUUGAAGAAAAUCGUCGGCGGCCUCGUCAAAUGCGAAAGGAUCCAACUGAAUUACAUGAAAGCCGAUGAAGCGAGGGGAUAUGCAGAAAGGUUAAUAUCUGAGGCGAUCAGGCAUGGUGAUAAGCACACUCCUACAAUGGAAAUAGCCAAUUUUUGGUUGGAGGAAAAACAACUGAUCCACAAACUCUUCAAGGUUCUUGCUCCUAGGUUUCAAAAUUAUACUUCAUCUUAUACAAGAAUGUUCAAAGUGGCAUCGUCAUAUCCUGAUUUCACUUUGCCUCAGGCAGUUUUAGAGCUAAAAGGCAACCCAUUUCCUUCACUUGUACCGGAUUGGUCAUCGAACAAAAACUUGUUGCACAACAUCCUCCUUGAGGCAGCAAAGAAGGACUUCAAGAAAGAACAGUUGAUUAAAAUCGCCAAGGAAAUUCCUCGUCCUCCAGUAGAACCAGUCCAAUCGCGUGAGGAAGUAUUGCCAAAACCAGAGGCAUAAGAUCGUUAUCACAUGAAACUUUUAGAAAUGCAUAGUUUGUUAUAUACAUUUUUAACUUUUGUAUACAUAAUGUAAAUAUAAAUAAUACUUUGUGA